GAACAGAGAAGAAAAGAAGAGAGGGAGAAUAGAGUAUUCAUUCGUUAAUCGCAGUCACUCGUUGAGACUUAACUACCCGAUAAUUUAAUUCUAUACACUCAUUAAUCAUGGCCGCCAAGUUCCUCACCGCGGCUCUUAUCGCCGCUGUCCCAGCCCUGGCCAGGACCGAUCUUGCAGGAUGCACCAGCUACGACACGGUUCUCAGCAACGCCAAUGGAAUGUACGCGUCUCGAAUUUGGUACGUCCCUGACACGGGCGAGCUGUGCGACUUUCUCGACUGCGGCGGUGGCCGAGCUCCCCCUAAGACAACUGUUCCCGGAUGCCCUGGCUACGUCGGCACCGCGACUUAUUCUCCUCUCUUCAUCAACCCCAAGACUCUCGGCGGUGCUGUUCCUGAAGAGACUGGUGAUUCUCCCACGAGCACUGAGGAGGAUGUGAUCGAGUCUGCUACUAUUACUGCGGCGCCUACUACCGAGACUGAGGAGAGUGCUAUAACCACUGAGGCCGAGACCGAGACUGAGACUGAGACUAAGAGCAAGGAUGCUGAGAAGACUUCUACCGAUAAGGCCAAUGACACAAAGACCAUCACCACUCUUGCCACUCAUGCAACCCCCUCUGCUUCUUCCGGAGCCGGAGCCGUGGCCGGUUCCGCCUCCGGAUCCGAUUCUCACUCCGCUUCGCACUCUGGCUCCAGCUCCGAGACCGACGCCGCUGCUACCCCGGCCUCUACCGUUUCCACCGCCGGUGCCGUCAUGCCCACAGCCGGAGCCUUCCUCGCUCUCGCCGGCGCCGUCAUGUACGCCGGAAUGCUUUAGAUAUGAUAGACUUGGUCUUGUAGAAAAUAUAGUCCAUCUCGGAUAUGCUUGCCUAUUUAUACAUCCUCCCUCGGCCGCCUUUACCCAUCUAUAACCUAUUCCGC